AGAGAGGGGGCACACAGCCAGACAUAUUUAUAGACAUUGGGGAAAUUGAUACUGAAAAUGUGCAGCAGGAGGCAGAGAGAGAGCAAAAGGAGAGUGGGGGAGAGACAGAAUGGGCAGGGCUCUAGAUAUGUAUGUGAGAACAACGGCACGCUGGAUCUGUCGGACAGAGAGGGGGGAGUGAGAUGAAAGGAGGGGGGAGAGAGAGAGAGAGAGAGAGAGAGAAGGAGAGUGAAUGGUUAAGUGCUUGUAAGUGAGUGUGUGUGCACAAGAGUGUGUGUGAGUGAGAGAAAUCACAUGGAGACAGUGUCCAAGUGCAAGACAGUGAGCUGGGGGAGAGAGAUGCUGAAGGAGGAUGAGGAGUAACAGGGCGAGGCAGCAGCGUCAAGUGCCGAGUGUGUGUGGUUGAGGAACAGAGUGUGAACAGAGGGAUGCAGUCAUGUCUCUAUGAGAGGGAGCAGCACAGCAACGGUAACCAUGCUGAGCCCCAAGAUAAAGCAGGCACGCCGGGCACGAUCCAAGAGCAUGGUGCUUGGAGAGCUGUCUCGAGUGUCCAGGCCCUGCUCGCCCCUGGAUCAGGAGAAGGCACUGAAGGUUGGCUGGCUGAAGAGGCAGCGUAGCAUCAUGAAAAACUGGCAGCUGCGUUGGUUUGUCCUGAGGACCGAAGCGCUGUAUUUCUACAAGGACCAGGAUGAAACCAAGGCACAGGGUUGUAUUCCUCUGCAGGGCAGUCAGGUCAACGAGUUGCCGGCCAGUCAGGACGAGCCUGGUCGCCACCUUUUUGAAAUCGUUCCAGGAGGGCCUGGGGAAAAGGAUCGAACAGGGAUAAGCCAUGAAUCAUUCCUGCUGAUGGCCAACUCUCAGAGCGACAUGGAGGAUUGGGUCAGAGCUAUACGUAGAGUCAUAUGGGCUCCGCUUGGAGGAGGAGUCUUUGGGCAGCACCUUGAGGAGACGAUGUUGUACGAGGCCCAGUGUGGCCCACAGCGCUCAGUCCCAGUGCUGGUUGAACAGUGUGUGUGUUUCAUUCGGGAACACGGGCUUGAGGAGGAGGGCCUUUUCAGGGCUCCUGGACAGACCAAUCAUGUCCGAGAGCUGCAGGACGCAUUUGACCGUGGUGAGAAGCCAGUGUUUGACAGUACUACAGAUGUCCACACAGUGGCAUCCCUGUUAAAACUGUACAUACGGGAGCUUCCAGAGCCUAUAAUUCCAUUCUCCAAAUACACUCAGUUUCUGUCUUGUGCUCAGAUACUUAACAAGGACAAAGAAAUGGGUAUCACAGAGCUUGGCAAACAGGUGAAAUCCCUUCCUCAGGUCAACCGCAACCUCCUUAAAUAUAUCUGCAGGUUUCUGGACGAGGUUCAGUCUCACUCCAAUGAGAACAAGAUGAGUGUUCAGAAUCUCGCCACCGUGUUUGGACCCAACAUCCUUCGGCCCAGAGUGGAGGAUCCUGUCACCAUGAUGGAAGGAAGUUCACAGGUGCAGCACCUAAUGACCGUGCUGAUCAGCGAAUACUCUCGACUUUACCAACGUAAAGAGCAGGAAACAGAGACCAAGAUCUCCCCACAACAACAGAGUCCUGUCCAAAAGUGCAAAGUGGAAUGGCUCUCACAAGAAGAUAGUGACCCAACACCCUCCUCAGGCACAAGAGCCAAAAGCCCGAAGGAGAAACUCCAAUCUUCAACCCCUUCCCUAGACAAUAAGCCAAUUACAUCAAGUCCAAUUACAGCAUUACAGAAGGGUGAGGAUGGUCAGAUUGAGGGGAGGAGUAGAGGUAAGACAGAGGAGAAAGUGGACGAAAAAGCAGAUAGCAAAACUGAAGGAAAAGUUGGAAGUGAAGCAGCUGUUAGUCCCAGCAAACAGUCUAAAGCGCUCCCCCCGUGGAGGUGCUCCUUCAAGGGCAGUGCAGCAUCUGGGGGGACAAGGGGAAAAAUAGGGGGAUCGGCAGGGGAUGUGUCAGCAGCUGGUGGGAGCAACUGGCUGAUGAACGGCCUGUCAUCCCUCCGAGCUCACCGGCGCACCACUUCAUCUGGCGAAAGACUGAAAGACUCGACACUGUCUCUGAAGGAUUCAACCCUCUCCCUUAAAGAGACCACACUCUCACUUAAAGACUCACAGAGAGACUCUGAAGAAGACUCCUCUCGAAUGUCCCUUUCUCACAGAGCCUUCCACCAGUCCCACAGACUGUCUGCCUACGACAAUGUUGCCCCCUCCAGUCUCAGCCUGCCUGCUGACACCUCCUCAAUCUGGUCGUCCGUUGAGAUCUCACUUGCCGAACCAGAGGAAAGCGAUAAGGCAGUUAAAGUAGGGCAAAGUCAAGAAAACCUCACAGAGGUUAGGGAGAGUGCUGAUACUGUCACAGUGGAUCACAGUGGAAGUGGCACUGAGGAUGAUAUUGCAGGGGCAGAUGAUGAAGACCUCACCGACAUGCUCCUCCAGCUCAAACAGGAACUGAAGAAACAGAGGAUGAAUAACGAAAGCUGCAUUCGCAAGCUGGAGGAGUCCUGUUCUAAGUACCAGGCCCAGGUUAACCGCCUUGAAGAGGAGCUGGACCAAGAGAAGAAGAAGUUCCACAUGCUGGAGAUCCGACUCAGGAACUCGGAGCGGGCACAUCAAGAUGCAGAGAACCGAAACACUCUCCUUCAGCAAGAGAUGGAAGAGUUCUUCAAAACUCUUGGAGACCUUACUACAGGAGCAACACGGACCAACUAAACCAGAUCAACCUGCCAUCAUCUGGUCUAUCAGAGGAGGAAGGGCUUCAUUUCUGGGAAGACCAGCCAGCCCAAAGCUUUCAAGACCAAAUACCUCUAGUGCAGUACUACUUGACAUUAGACAUCUUGUGCCUACACUGACCAAUGCCAGUGCCAAACGAGAACUCCUCUGGACCAAGCACUUCUCAUUUUAUCAUUCCACAAACUUCCUAGCAAUUAUAUUCCAUAGGUCAUGUAGGUGAUUAUUUAUUGACUAAAUUCCUGUGUAAGAUACCAGAAAAACCCUUACUAAUGAUAUGAGGUACUUUUCUUAUACAUCGUCUGUUAAGAGCUCACACUUUUGAAAGCUCUCUUAAAACUCUUGAUAGAGUUUUAAGAGGUAGAAUGGAAUGAUAUGAGACAUUAAAAUUCAACUCUUUUAUUUGCUUGAGUUGUACGUAUCG